AAAACAACACAUUGACAAUUUGACGCAGCAACAUGUAUUUUACGUUUUAGGAGUUGCAGAGAGGCUUGGAAAAGAAAAGGAGAAAGCUUUUUGCUUUGAUGAACAAGAAGCUCAGCUAGCAGCAACAUUCAACUUUGCUGAAUUAAGAACCAGAGACCCCAUUAAUUUCAUGCAAUUGCCCAUAUCCAAUCCCCAUAAACAAAGCAGUUAAUUACACCUUGAACAGGAGAGCCAGAGCAAUUAAUCCAACCACCAUUGAAGAAGCUCCAGACCAGAUAAAGGUGACGAAUCUGAUGACUGAUAAGCACCCAGCUUCCUCGGAACCCAAUUGAAGAUGGUUCUCCGCCAAAAGUCUCUGACUUUGAUCACUAUCAUCACCAUCCUUAUCACUACAACCUCCAUAGCCACCAUAGCCAGAGCUCAAAACUCAAGCUCCUGCAAACUCACAUGCGGAUCGGGAAAAUCAGCCAAGUCGGUUCAGUACCCAUUUGGGUUCUCAGAAGGAUGCGUAAUCCCAUUGAACUGUUCUGACAAAAACGAAAUCAAACUCGGUGAAUUCACAGUCCAAAACGUAACCAGAAGCAGCAUCUUCGUCCAUCUCCCUGCACAAUGUAACAGAAGGUACCAAUCCAUAGCCCCUCUCUUCGGCCCAAACUUCGGCCCAAGCUGGAACAAUAGCCUUCUCUUCCAAAACUGCACAUCUCCACUCCCUGGCUGCCAAAUCCCAGCUGAAUUUGUUCAGAAGCGAUUCAAUUUAUCGAGCUGCGAUAAUAUCACCUGUGUGUCACAGGCGCCUAACGGCUCCGAUAUUAUGAGAUUUGAGGACUUGAAUCGGACCCGGUGCAAUUACUUGUUCGGGUCGUUUUCGGUUCAGUCGGGUCGGGACUCGCUGCUGUCGCUCGAGUUCGAGACGCUUCAGUUGGGUUGGUGGGUCUACACCGGCCUUUGUGAAUGCCAUUUGAAUGCCACGUCUACGACGGUGAAGCUCGGUGAGGGGAAGCCGCUUGGGUGCCGAUGCAGCUGCAACGCUGGGUUUGAUGGUGACGGGUUCAAACUCGGGUCGGGUUGCCAGCCAGUGAGCCAACCGGAAGAUCGCAGUAAAGGUGAUAACGAAGGGUUUUGGUUUCACGUCAGCAUGGUAUUUGGUUUCAUCGUAGGCUUUUGGGCUGUUUGUGGAACGUUGGUCCUAAAAAAGUCAUGGAGGUAUGCCUAUUUUAAUUUCUUUGAUAACAUGCAGGAGAAGGUAGCCUUAAAAAUUGCAUUGAAUGUAGCUCGUUGGCAAGGGAGAUUAUGAUACAAAGAGAAAAUAAAAAUGUGCAUGCCUGUUCUAGCGGGCUAGUGGGCUACUUGGUCCGCCUAUUGCUGCUGAAGCUUACUUUUGGAACUUGUCUUAGCUUUUAAAUUGAUGUCUUUGUUAAUUUUUUAUUUGGUUUGGCUUGUUUUGUAUUAGUGGUUUCCUCACUUUGUGUUUUGGUAUCUCACAAGGGGCUUUGGUUCUUCUCGUUCCUUCUAGGUGUUACUCUUUUAUUUCUUCAA